AUGACCACGUCGAAAUCCGCAGUGUCGCUGGCCGGUGCCGGCGGCGGGCUGGUCGCGCAAAGUAAGAAUCCGUCGUCGUGGGACCCACAAGAUGACGUGCUGUUACGGCACCUCAAGGAGAUUAAGAAGCUGGGCUGGAAGGACAUCGCGCAGUACUUCAAGAACAGGACGCCGAAUGCGUGCCAGUUCCGCUGGCGACGCCUCAAGUCCGGCAACCUGAAAACUGCGGGGAGACCGGGCGAGGCGCCAGCUGUGGCCGACGCGGUGGGCGUAGCGCCCGCCGCCGGGACGCAGCCCGCAGCGGCGACGCCGCAGGCAGGAGCAGCAGCGGCAGCAGCAGUGCCCCACGACCUGGGCCAACCAGUUCAUCCGGCGUUGCUAGCGGCCACGGCCGCUCCAGCGUCAGAAGCCUACCCGCCUCGCGCUCUGUCCCAGCCAGCGCUGGGGCCGCUCCCCAACGCCGGUACCCUGUCAGCAGUGCCCGCGCCCUCGCCAGCGCCCCAUCAACCAGCCGUCGCAGCCUUUCCGCUCAGACCAACCUUGACCGGAGCCACGCUCGCCAACGCCCAGUCACGGCAUAGCUUGCAGCCUGCGCCAGGCGCGGGCAAGUUUGCCAAGCCUCGGUCGUACUCGCACACAAUGGCUCCGCCAUCGGGGUUUGCAAUGGCAUCCGCGUCUGCGCCUUUCUCUGCGGCUGCCUCCGUCGUGACAUCGAAUUCUACAGGGCAUGUCCCAACGAUCGACGUCAACGAGUCUCAGGAUGAGAACCUCGGGCUGAUACCCAAGGUGCUUGUGCGCUCUAGGCGUUCCUCCGUCGCGCAGCAGUCACUGCUCCCGUCGUCAUCAACACCAAAUCUCUCACUGGCAUUGCACACCACCCUGACAACGUCAAAGCUCCGCAAAAACUCUUUCUCUUCAAGACCUAGACGGUCCUCCUUCAACAUGGCGCCCCCAGAUCGCGUUUUCUCGACCCCAUCUCGUCGCAGUUCCGUGGUCCAGGCACCAUCAUCCAUUGCUUCUAUUUCCAGACGCGAGAGUUUCAACUCCUCCAACUCAAGGCGGGGCUCUGCAAUCCAGACGAGAAGAGAGAGCUUCGCUCAUAGUACGCUAGAUAGGCGUGAAUCUGUGUCCAAUUACACAGAUAUUCCUAAGGCGCCUCUUCAGAACUUCGCUCCCGCCAAUGCUUCAUCUUUGCACCAGGCUACAUAUCCUACAGAGAUGAAGGACUGGUCUCUUGAUGAGGAUAAGCUACUCAGUGGAAGGCAGGAGAAUCACCUCUCUAUGGACGAGUUGAGCAUCCUGCUUCCACAUAGGUCGGAGCAGGAGAUCCAGUGGCGGAUAGGCGCUCUUGACAAGAGCACAUACUCUUCCUCCAGCGACUCCCCGCUGGACUCUCCAGAGAGAUCCCUCACAGAGGACAUCGCGGUCGAUGAAGAAGGCGGAGAAGCAGUCGAUGAUGCUUCCAGGAAUCCUUCUCAAACACCCUUUAACAUCAAGAAGGAGGUGUCUCCAUCCUUGUCAGCCUCUUCUGGCUCUAAUGAUAGGGAGCACUCGCCAGUGUUUUCUCCACGUCCGGUUAACAGGGACCAGUCACCGACAACCUUUGACAGCUCUUUUCGGCCCAACAUCGUGGUCAAUAAAAGCGUCGGGGGCUCGAGCUACAACUGCUCGCCAGGUUUAGACGGGCAUCGUAACCCAUCGUUUCCACCUGCUGCUGAGCCAAUGGCGCCCGGUAGUCAUGGCGCUCAGCUUCCUAGCCUCAACAGUAUUUUCAAAAAUAUACUAUGA